UUGGAUAUAGUGGCUUCCAGCCCAAGAGACGGUGCAAGCGGCCGAACGCCGGACCGGUGAGACGACACCCGAAUAGAAAGCUACAUCUCCGCAGAAGUGUUCAUAUUUCCACUGGCCUCUUUUACUGCUGGGACGCGGAAUAACGUGGACUAACAUUAUUAGCAGCAAAGCGGAGACGAGACGAGGCGAGACGCGGACACGUUAGGACGGACAAGCCAAGGGACUCAGCCACAGGUAGGAAGCUGUCGUGGCUGAAGAUAUCAAAGUACAGGCGGGUCAUGUAGAUUUUAUUUUUCUCCGACCCGAGCGACGAGUCGCAGCAAUAGAACCGAAUCAAGCCGAACUGAGAAGAUUUAACACGCUGCUCCGCCGCUCAGCCCAUCCGACUGGGCUCCUGGUCCCAGGAAAAGUCAUCAUCAUGUCCAGGAGGAAGCAAAGCAAACCCCGGCAGAUUAAGCGUUCCCUUGGAGAGCUUGACAGCAAUGAUGACAGCACUUUUGACGAUCUGAGCGUCUCGGGAGAGGAGGCAGAGGCCUCAGACCCGGAUGAUUCAGCAGAUGGCGAAAGCAGCAGUCCGCCGCCAUACACGCCGCUUUACAAUGACGAGUCCAGGACGCAGGACACCAAAAGAGGCCCUGAUGAAGAUGAGGAAGAGCAAUGUCUGGCACACAGUGGUGGAAAAGAGGAUGACGAGGGGGAGGAAGAGAAUGAAGUGUUGCAGUGGAAUGGUCCAGAUGAGGUGGAGCUCAGUGGAGAAGGCAGCAGUCGCAGGGUGGUGGCUCGCAGGGACCUUCAUAUAGACACAACGUGGGGGCCCUUUUCAGGGAUCCUCCAAUCAGAGGACAGCACAGAUGAGUCAGAGAACUCAAGGUGGGCCUUGGUGUGUGACGAUCCAGAUUGCUGGAUUACCUGUCUUGCUUUGACAACUGAUCCAUAUGAUGCCAACUGUACUAUCUACAGCCAAGGUGAGGAGCUAUUCUGCAAGGUGACCAGAGAAAUUUCAGUGGGGGAAAGACUCCUUGCCACACCGUUGCUUCCUCCAAAACCGUCCUCUCCUGUGGCGAGGGGUUCGCCUCUACUCAACCUUGUUACCCAGAAAACGUCUGUGGUGAAGGAGGAGCCGCUUUACCCCGCCGCGCUUCACACAGACAUCCAACUCCUCCCACAACAAGCGGGCAUGGCUGCGAUUUUGGCCACUGCUGUUGUCAAUAAGGAUAUUUUCCCAUGCAAAGAUUGCGGGAUUUGGUACCGAAGUGAAAGGAACCUGCAAGCCCAUCUCAUGUACUACUGCGCCAGCCGACAGAAACAGCCAGCUGCAUCCUCAACCCCGCCACAAGACAAACCCAAGGAGUCCUACCCCAACGAACGCGUAUGCCCCUUUCCUCAGUGCAACAAGAGCUGCCCCAGUGCAAGUUCACUGGAAAUUCACAUGCGCACACACAGUGGUGAGCGUCCGUUUGUCUGCCUCAUCUGUCUGUCAGCCUUCACCACUAAAGCAAAUUGCGAGCGCCACCUGAAGGUCCACACUGACACACUGAAUGGUGUGUGUCACGGCUGUGGCUUCGUCUCCACGACGAGGGAUAUUCUUUACAGCCAUUUAGUCACAAGCCACAUGGUUUGCCAGCCUGGAUCUCGUAGCGAGGUCUACUCACCAGGCCCAGGCCUUCCGAAGUUACCCUCGACCGUUGUUCUCAGUCCAGGAGACUCCGGCGUGGUGCUAAAGUGCCAAAUCUGCGGCCACAACUCUGAGUCCCCGUCCCAGCUGCAGCAGCAUGUCCAAACCCAUUUAGAGGUGAGAGUCCCGGCUGAAAGGAGCCCCACCCCUCGUCAAAGUACCCCACUUGACCAGCUCCAAUCAUCCAAACCAGACAGUGAGCCUUUAGGCUGCGUCCCUAAGCCAGAUUCCUCCAGCCCAGGCGCUAAUGGUGGCUCUGCUACUCCACGAGGCUGCAGUCCCCCUGACGCCCAAACCAACAUAAACCUUCAAAUCAAAGAGGAGCCUCAAUCGGAAUCUGAGGUAGAAGAGCAGCAGAUGGAUGUUAAAGAGAGUGGUGAAGAUGCUGACCUAAAAGCAGAAGGGAAGUCAAAUGAGAUUCAAACUACAAACAUGAUUUGUCAGACAUCAAAUUCUCCAAAAAGCCCCGCUAGCACAGUCGUGAAAGCGGAACCAACGAGUCCAACUCCCGGUUGCAGCCCAACUCAUAUCGGUGGUGCCGGCUCGGUUUUCCCUGGCGGAUCGAUGUUUUUGCCUCAGUACAUGUUUAACCCCGAAACAGCCAUUUUACCCCAGGCCUCAGAGAUUCUAGCUAAAAUGUCUGAGAUGGUUCACAGCCGUCUGAAGCAGGGUCAGGCACUUCCUCCGAACACCCCAGCCACCUUCUUCUCGUCGGCACCAACCGUACCCACAACGACGGCGACGCCACCUCAAAAAGGAGCCACCUGCUUUGAGUGUGAUAUCACAUUCAACAAUAUAAACAAUUUCUAUGCACACAAGAGGCUUUACUGCUCCAGUAGACACCACGGAGAAGGUGCAACAUCAGCUUCAGGUCCAGGAUCAACAAGGGAUACUUCUCCAACCGCUGUGCCUUCCAGAAAGGCACAAGAUUCAUCAGGAUCUCCUCGGGAUGGAGCAGUGAGCAGAGCGGCUUCGGCUUCUCCUCCUGAAUCUGACACCGCAGCAGAAGCGAGGAGAGCAUUGGAAGUGAAGACCGAAACACCGUCAGGCAAGGAAGGAAUGUCGUCUGCUUCUGAAGGUGAGGGUGUAGUAAGUGGAGGAGGAAGAGCAAGCGAGGAUAGCCGGAGUCCCGUCAGCGGGUCUGCUGAAGACGUGGAUGAGGAUCCCAACCGAACCUUUUGCGAGGCCUGCAACAUUCGCUUCAGUCGCCAUGAGAACUACACCGUUCACAAACGCUUCUACUGUGCUUCACGCCAUGACCCAACCAACCAGCGAGCCGUCCACAUGGCCAAGGCGACCACCACAGCAGCCUUCCACCCGCAGCCGAUCCGCACACGCAAGAGGAAGAAGAUGUAUGAAAUCCACAUGGCGAGAACCGAAGCCCUAGCUGCCGCCGCCGCUGCCGCCGCCACUCUUUCUGCAGCCGCCACCGCCUCCGCUCCGUCUCCUUCGGUACUUGGCCUGGCGGUGAAACGUGAAGUCUCCCCCAGUGGAACAGGCACCUCCAGUCCCGAAGGAGAUGGUCCAAUUGAUCUGAGUAAAAGGCCUCGACUCAUAGAGGUUCCACGGGAUGGAACCAACAGUAUUCUCCCCAUCUUGCCACUCACCGAUUACCAUAAAUGCACCGCCUGUAGUAUCAGCUUCAAUAGCAUCGAGAAUUACUUGGCUCAUAAGACCUACUACUGCCCCGCCACCACGCUCCAGCAGCAUACCUUAGAGCAGCUCCACAGGCUCAAAAGAUCAGCCUCUACCUCUCCGAAAACCAAGUGUCACCAGGAACGCCAAGAGCUUCUGCAUCCAAUCGAAGCAAAAGCGCUCCCCGCAGAGUGGAUGAGACAAGCUCAAGGUUCAUCGCCGAGUCCGCACAUCUCAGCAUUACCCGCCUCGGAUGCUACGUCUCCCCCUGACACCGCAAACGCGCUCGCAGCUACCCCGGCCGCGGGUGCCAAAGGCGUUAGCGCGGCUUCUUCUCAGAUGAUCUGUCCGUAUUGUCCAAACAGAACCAUCACAUGUGACCUAAUGGAGCACUUCAAGACUAUACACGGCUUGGUUGUAUCGAUGCAGUCGCCCCGAGAAGCUCAACCUCAGCCAAGCAGCCGAGUUAGUCCCAGCCCCAGCCUUAGUCCCAGAGAUGGCACCGCCACCACCUCCAGUACCCCAACUGGCGCACCCAGAUCGGGUCCCCGCAUUCACAGAAAUAGUACUAACGGGCAGGCAAGAAGUGGUACCACUUCUCCCUCCUCUCCUCUGGAAAAUGGGAGCCCCUCAGGUGAAUGUGAAUCCCCGUCAGCAAGUUUACCUCCACCCGUAUCCCCCUCGGGGGCUCCCCGUCUGACUUUGUCACCCGUGCCUGACCCCCGAAGAGACACAGUCGGUACAUCCGUCCUUCCAGACAAGGCUUCACCCACCGGCUCCGUCCCCGGCCCUAAAAGCCAAGUCGUGUCUUCGGUCCAAAACGGUAACUCCCGCUACUGUCGGCUGUGUAACAUUAAAUUCAGCAGCCUUUCCACAUUCAUAGCUCAUAAAAAGUACUACUGUUCCUCCCACAGUGCUGAACAUGUCAAGUGAGUUGAGUAUUUCGCUUUUUGUCUUCUAUUCUGACUGAGAUGCUACUCCUCAGUCAGCUCCAAGAAGCCCCCCGUGCGCCCCUUUUUUUCGGCUGUCAGUGCAUCCCAGACACGGUGCCAAAGUUGCACAGAUCUGGGCAUGACCGUUAUCUGAAUGAAUGGCUGUUACCUGUCGGCAGGACCUGUUGUCCAUUUGCUCCUGAGCAGCCAGUGUGGUGUUACUAUGUGAUUAUUUUUUUUCCUCUCUCCCAUGGGUCUACAUGUACACUAUGAGCUGAGAUCUUUGUCUACCUGCACACUAAAGUGUGCCCUCGUCCCCCUAGGUCAUUUUUUGUGUUUGUUUUUUUUCACAUUAACCGCUACCAACUUCUCAAUAUGUCGCAUUGUGGGACGUUAAAAAGUUUUAUGUGAACAACUUCAUUUUUGUCCGGUCCUGUUAAACUGAGUUGUUGAAUUGGAAUUCCAACAAUUGACUGAUGUGAUCGUAUACCCCCCGUCCCCAUCCCCCAUUCCUUCCCCAGUCAGAGGAAUACUAUCUCUUGUAUGGAAAGACUUGAUCACGUUUCAUGUUUUUAUUAUCUGUGUAUAGUCUAUGAUGUCUACAGAAUAAUUCUAUAAUUGGUUUCAACACUGGCUCUUUUAUGCUCACUAGAAAAAGCUGAAGCAUUUUUAGUUAAAAAAAAAAAAUAAAGAAAAAAUAUGUGGUAUGAAACGUUACUAAUUACUGAAGGAUAUUUCAAAAUUGUCAUUGCUUUUUCAUAUAAACAUUUUUUUUUAUUUUCUCAUAAAAUGCAAGGGAGAGGCAAAUGUGAAAUAUUUAUCUUCUAGUCCUCACUGAUUUCAUGUCAACAGAAAACUACCUACAUAUUGUGUAAGAGUAUUUUUUAUUUUGUAUUUGCUUAUUUCCAUGCUGUUAGAAGGAACCGUGUGGCUCUCGGUAUGUUGAAGUAUUUCUAGUGUAGGUAUCCAAUAUCUUCUCCCUGGGACGACAUUCAAUCUUCUUAUCAUAGAAGCGUUAUUUGGUUUUCCUCAUGCAGUCAUCCGAAUAUUGGAUGAAUUAGCCGCACCACAACAAGCAGUCGUCUCAAAUGACCUCAGAGUUGGGGUCAUGACACCUUCCCGACCCGACAAAUCUGGCUUUAUGUACCUGCAUCAUAUUCUGUUGUCUUUUUGAGUAGAACAUGAAGAGACAGCCACAAACCCAACCACGCCUCCAAGCUGAAUACAAUACAGUCUUGCACUCACUUCAUGCACUUCAUGAUGGAAUAACACCUUGUUGUUCUGACCGCUGGCCACACAGCUAGGAGCCCCGAGUUCGAUUCCGCCCUCGGCCAUCUCUGUGUGGAGUUUGCAUGUUCUCCCCGUGCAUGCGUGGGUUUUCACCGGGUACUCCGGUUUCCUCCCACAUUCCAAAAACAUGCUAGGUUAAUUGGCGACUCCAAAUUGUCCAUAGGUAUGAAUGUGAGUGUGAAUGGUUGUUUGUCUAUAUGUGCCCUGUGAUUGGCUGGCGACCAGUCCAGGGUGUACCCCGCCUCUCGCCCCAAGACAACUGUUGUUGAAUUAAAACCAUUAAUAAUGCUAGGGCUGCACGUCGGUAGAGUGGUUAGCGCGCAGGCCUCACAGCUAGGAGACAUGAAUUCAAUUCCACCCUUGGCCAUUUCUGUGUGGAGUUUGCAUGUUCCCUCCGUGCAUGCGUGGGUUUUCUUCGGGUACUCCAGUUUCCUCCCACAUUCCAAAAACAUGCUAGGUUAAUUGGCGACUCCAAAUUGUCCAUAGGUAUGAAUGUGAGUGUGAAUGGUUGUUUGUCUAUAUGUGCCCUGUGAUUGGCUGGCAACCAGUCCAGGGUGUACCCCGCCUCUCGCCUGAAGACAGCUGGGAUAGGCUCCAGCACCCCCCGCGACCCUUGUGAGGAUAAGCGGUAGUGAAUGAAUGAAUUAAUUAAUUUCUUGGAAACUACAAGGCAGAUAAUUAUAAGCAGCUGGUGGCAAACCUCCUGAUAAUUUUAAAUUUAACUACAAAUGCACUUCUGCCGGGGCUGCACGGUGGUGAGUGGUUAGCAAACAGUCCUAAUUCAAUCCCAUCUUCGGCCAUCUCUGUAUGGAGUUUGCAUGUUCUCCCCGUGCAUGUGUGGGUUUUCUCCAGGUACUCCGGUUUCCUCCCACAUUCCAAAAACAUGCUAGGUUAAUUGGCGACUCCAAAUUGUCCAUAGGUAUGAAUGUGAGUGUGAAUGGUUGUUUGUCUAUAUGUGCCCUGUGAUUGGCUGGCAACUAGUCCAGGGUGUACCCCGCCUCUCGCCCCAAGACAGCUGGGAUAGGCUCCAGCACCCCUCGCAAGGAUAAGCAGUAGAAAAUGAAUGAAUGAAUAAAACUUCUUCUCAUAGUGUGAAGAUGCUAGCUGAGAAUGAAUCCAAACCUGCUAAAUUCUCCGUGAUGUAUCUAUCUAUAUUUUCCCGUGGCUCUGUUUCGUCCUCAUUUUUGAACAUAUUAGAAGUUUUAAGUUGGUCUGAUAUUUCUCACACUAAAAGUGGAACCCCAUCCAAAAAAACUAAGGGCCUGAUCUACCAAGAUUCCACAUCACAAGUGUUAAAUUGCGUAAGCACCUGCUAUAAUAAGUGAGCAUGUUGCAUUUGAUCCGCUAUGAUGGCUUGCACAGAUUUAAACAGGUUCAAAACUGGUGCGGGUGUCUGUUACGAGCUGUCACUAUGGAUAGUUUGGGAUAGAAUGUUUUGAAGCCAUGGAGUUGGAGGUCUUGAUGGAGGAUGCAAAUAAACACACUGUUGAACAUUGCGUUAGUGUAUUUUGUCAUGUUUUACACCACAACUUAUUUGUUAGGUUAUGAUAUUUAUGUCAACAUAUCAGAAAUUGUACUUGUACUGCGAUGUUGUACAACAAAAAUGACCGACUCCCAAAUCAAAUCAAUGGUCUCUCUUUUUAUUUCUGACAGUCGCUUCUGUCAUUGCACCUCCUUCUCACCACAGUGACCGCAGCUCCUCCUCUCGGUAUUUUGCAUGUUCCGAUCUGCAUAUUCAUGAAGGCAAACACACAAAAUGGAACGGCGGUGUUAUUUUGUUUAUUUGGCGCACAUGUUUUUUAUACACGCAAACCAUAAGUAGAUCAGGCUCUAAGUGUUUCCAAUUAAUGUGAAACAGAACCGAAACAAACUGAAGUUCUGGUCAGACGGUAUGCUGGAAUAUUGUUUUUGUGCCCCCACCCCCCCCCCCCACCCUCAUGUUAUUGCACUGUUGUAUUAAAUGUGCUGAAUGUUUUAUUUUUAGCGAAUUCUCAUGCAACUGUAUUUAUUUGAUACAGCACUUUCACCCCUCCCCCUCCCAAAAAAAAUAUAUUGUUUUAUCAUGAAGGACCCUCCGAGUUCAUUUGAAUUUCUCUGAUGUAGAAAACAAUGAAUGUCAAAAACCUCUAUUUUUUAUUUUUCAUAUAUUUCAUUUCCACUACAAGCUUGUCCAAACUAUGCAUGGAAAAAUAAAAA